CGGCUGAUCCCUUACCCAGGUGCUAGCGCUAACCGCCGCGUCUGUGGUGCAGCGGGCAUCCCGAAUUCGACAGACAACUGCUGGUUUUAUUUAGCGGGACUGAGUAUCAACCGCCUGGGGGCAGCCGGCCUGGACGAGCUGAGGCCAGCGAAUAGGAGGCCCGCUCUCCAGUUCAGGCAUACUCCAUCGGUUCUGCUGACUGGUCUUGCUUUAACUAAACAACGUCACGAGCGUUCGAUGCUGAUGACUCGCAGUAGCUUCUUCCUGCGAGGCUAUAACACGUCGCGCAGUCGAUUCAUGCCAGUCGCC